ACCAGACAUAGUUUUGUCCCCUGCCUGCUGAAGUGAACAAACACAGGCUGAGAUUCUACUUCUUGGUCAUCACCUUACCCACCGCUCCUCCUCAACAAAUCCCACUCUCAUCACCCAUCGCCCAUCCCCCUCUCUCUCCCUUCCCCUCCCCCUCCCCUCCCCGCCGUCCACACCAACAAACAUGUCAAGAGAACUGUCGGCGCUUACAACCAUAAUCGACUCCCUGGGCCCUCCCCGAAAGAUCAAAUCUCGGGGCCCCAAGUACCGCCGUGCCUCCGUCGCGAUCAUCAUCCGUGUCCGCCCAGACCACAACCGAUACCCCCAAUACAACGCCUCCCACCACCCCCCUACCAUCCAGCCCUCCAAACAGCAUCAGCAACAUAGCCAACAGCAACAGCUUCGCCCGAUCCAGGCCAUCGAGAACCCUGAAUCGCUUGACGAGUUCUUUGACCAGGACUGGGUCCGUACAGGAGUCCCCGAGGUCCUCUUUAUCGAACGAGCGACCCGCAAGACAGAUCGGUGGAGUGGCCAUGUGGCCCUGCCGGGAGGCAAGCGUGAGGAGGCGGACGAGGAUGACCAAGAGACCGCCGCUAGGGAGACACUCGAGGAGAUUGGUCUCGAUCUGUCGGAUCUGACUCAGUUCCGGUGCUUGGGCGCAUUGGACGAUCGGGAGCUUUGGACAUCCUUCGGAAGGGUCUUCUUGAUGGUUCUUUCGCCCUUCGUCUACAUCCAGCUGUCGCCCUCAACGCCCCCAUUGAAGCCCCAGCCGGAUGAAGUCGCCUCUGUGCACUGGCAGCCGCUCUCGCUCUUCCUCGACCGUCUCGAGAAGCCCCAAUGGACCCCCAUGACCAUCAACCUCUCCAGCAAGCUCACCCCGCGUCUCUCCCGCACCUUCCUCCGUGGUCUCUUCGGAACCAUGUCCCUGCACUCCAUCGAGAUGCCCUAUAAACCCGAGUUUGUUCUCCGGACACAUCAGGAUACCAACAGAGCGACGGAUAUUCCCAAACACGGGUCAGGAUCAGGGUCAGGACCGUCCUCACCAACAGCGACAAGCAAAACCAUCAUUGAUUUCGAACCAGAGUGGGAUCCAGAUCAUCGCCCACUCAAGCUAUGGGGAUUGACAUUGCAGAUGAUGGCGGAUCUGUUGGAAUUGAAGGACGGGCCGAUUCAGGUCGAUAUCCGGCAAAAGGUCUGGGAUUCGAGGAGGAUGAGAAAGCGCUUGGAUGCCGGAUUCCUGCCGGGGUUCUCACAGGCGGAUAUGCAUUUCUGGGUCCGGGCCUUGUUGAAGUUUCAUUCGUGGCAAGGAACUGAAAAGAAAAACACACAGGCGAACAGGGUGGGUUCAUGGGAAAGCUACUACCGUCUGGUCAAACAGGCCUUCUUGUUCGUGAUCCUCGGUCGUGUUGCUGCGUUCGCAUUCCUGGUCAAGUUCUUGAAGGCGCCCGUGACCAGGAUGUUGCAGGGUGCCUCUGCAGCAGCAAGAUCAUGAUGUAACGAUAGACCAGACCAC